UAUUAUUUUAGUUAUGUAUAGAACAAAACUUUUAGAGAAAACGAUGGGUAUUUUUGAUAAAAUUCAAUUAGAAAAUAAAUAAGGAAUUGUUCUGAAGGCCUAACAGAACAUCCUGUUUAACUGAGAUUUUUUAUUCUGUUUUUGUGUUGUUUGGUAUAACCGUCCAAAAGUGUUGUUGCUUAAAAUGUCUUUAAUCAAUCUCAAAAGUAGUUAGGUCAAACAAUGUAAAGGAAACAGGUGAUGACAUUUUAAGUAUGGAGACUCCUAAUGGAAUUAAACUAGAACACCUGCAAUAAAUUAAUUGAAGGUUGGACUAAAAAAAAUGAGAAUUUUAUUUAAUAAUAAUUUCCAUUUAUUUAUGUAUUAUUAGCUUUCCCAGCUGCUGCUUGUGCAUUAUUUCUCUUUUUUUAAACCAAAUUUUAUCGUAUCUUUAAAUAAUAUGGUGCUAUUUGAAAAAUGUAUGACCUACAUUAUACAUGUAUUUCAGAAUGACCAAUAAUUCGUCUGAUGUGUCGCCAUGCAGAAGCUAUAUGGUCCUCAUUCUAGGUGUUAGUAAUGUCGGCAUCAUAGAAAAGGGUGUGUUUUUUAGUGCAUAUACAUUAGUGUCAGUAUUGACAUUUGUCCUUAAUGCAGUGGUGAUCAAAACUCUGUUAAAGCGAAAAAGAGCAAAGAGUGAUAAUCUCUUUCUUAUAUUAUCCAUAUCUGAUUUUUUGGUUGGAGCUGUUGCAUUGCCGGUACUAUCAUUGGAAUUUAUUGUUAAUGAUAAACUGAACUGCCUAAUUCAACCUUGGAUUGCAACUUUCUCAAUCUUCCCAUUUUCAUUUUCUUGGGUUUUGACAAUUCUAAUAUCCAUCGACAGAUAUGUUGCAAUUUUGCUGCCCCGCAUUCACAGACUGUGUAAGGAGACAAAUUUUACUUACAAGUGUGUAAUUUUAGUGUUUUUUUUUGUCGUCAGCUUUGCUACUGCAUAUGGUUGGAAAAAGAAAGAAGAAAUGUCUUUGUUAAGUAACCCAGAGACUCAUGUCAAUAUUUUCACUAUAGCAAUUCCUUUGAUGGAACUUGUAUUUCUUAUAUUCACAUCAUUUUUACAUUUGCACUUGUACAUAUCUGUUCGAAGAAAAACAAGGAAAAUGGAUGCAAGUCGCCAUACGAAUAGUAAUAGUCAAAGAAAACUAACAAUAACAAUAACUUUAAUGUUUUUUUGUGCAGUUAUUUUAAAUAUUCCAUUGUUCGUCUUCAGUUUUUAUGAGCUGUUUACAAGUAGAUCCACUUGGAAACCAGUUGUCAUGUAUCGUGGUAGAAAAUGGACAAUGUUAAUAACUUUCACAAAUUCAUUUUGUAAUUCAAUCAUACUGAUGCGCUCUUCAAGUUUUAAAAAGACAUGACUAAUAAUAUACUAAUUAUGUAUUGUUUUCACGAUACAUUUGCCAUAUGUUAAUUCCAUGACAUUGCUUUUAUGUAGGUUAUGUGGUUUUAAUCCUGUUUUGUGAAAUCAAAUGUUAAGUCCAAUGAAGGUCAAAAUAUUCUUUAUACAUAUCUUUGAA